AUGCAACUCACACUCUUCGCCCUCACUUUCGCAACCCUCGCAAUUGCUGGGCCCAUCAACCCCUACGAAGUACGCACCGCUAUCAAAUCAACACCAUCUAUGCCAUACGGCCAGGGUAUCGAUCUUCUCACCACUCCCACUGCUGUUGUCGUCAAGCGUGAGGAAGCUAUUGAACCCCCUCAGGCUGAUGCGAAGGGUUGUGGGCAAUGUGGUUGUUGCACUUUCUUUAGUUGUUACUUGAGGAAGGAUUGCAGAUAUGGGGUUAUCGAUGCGGAGGUUGGGGGAUGGGAGCUUGGGUGGAUAGAAGUCUGA